AUUUGGUUCAUCGUAAACGAACCAAGCGCGGAGUUUUUUCAUCAAAUUUUCCAUGACAGGCAGCCUUAUGAGGACCUCGCAAAAGAAAACCCUUUACGUUAAGACGCUGUUCCAUUACGACCCGAACAAGGACGACGGGCUGCCGUCUCACGGACUGGCCUUCCGCUACGGCGAAAUCCUCCACGUGACCAAUGCCUCGGAUGACGAGUGGUGGCAGGCGCGUAGGGUCACAGCCCUCGGCGAGCAGGAGGCCCUCGGGAUCAUCCCCUCGCGCAGGCGCUGGGAGCGGAAGCAGCGUGCCCGCGACCGUCAGGUCAAGUUCCAGGGUCACAUGCCCGUCAUCGUCGACAAGCAAUCCACCCUCGAGAGGAAAAAGAAGAAUUUUCCGUUCGGCCGCACGUUGCCUUUCUCUAAGCACAAAGACGGGAAAUCCGAGGAGAUUGCCGUUCAAGAGCAAAUAACGAAUGAAAAUAAAAACAAAAUGUCAUACGAGGCCGUUCAACGGCUGACAAUUCAGUACACGCGACCCAUUAUAAUUGUUGGCCCGCUAAAGGAUCGUAUCAACGAGGAUCUCAUCUCCGAGUUCCCGGACAAAUUUGACAGCUGCAUACCACAUACAACGAGGAGUAAAAGAGAAUACGAAGUAGAUGGACGAGACUAUCAUUUUGUUGCAUCCAGAGAACAAAUGGAACGAGAUAUACAAAAUAAUCUCUUUAUUGAAGCAGGCCAGUAUAACGAUAACAUUUAUGGCACAGCAAUCGCAUCGGUUCGAGAAGUUGCCGAGAAGGGAAAACAUUGCAUUCUGGAUGUGAGUGGAAAUGCUAUUAAAAGACUGCAAGUGGCGCAACUGUAUCCAAUCACAAUUUACAUUAAGCCUAAAUCAGUUGAAUCCAUCAUGGAGAUGAAUAAGAGGAUGACAGAGGAUCAGGCUAAAAAAGUAUUUGAUAGAGCUAUAAAAGUUGAGCAAGAAUUCGGCGAAUACUUCACAGCUGUUGUUCAAGGCGAUACACCAGAGGACAUCUAUGCAAUGGUAAAGAAAGUUAUAGCCGAGCAGUCGGGUCCGAACAUCUGGGUGCCCUGUCGAGAGCAGCAAUUGUGACCUUCUUGAUUUAUCGUGCCUUUAAAUAACAUUAGAUCUGAAAAAACUUCGUGGUUGAGUGUUUCCACUAUAUUUGUCUCUCUUUUUCUUUCUGUUUUUUUUUUUUUUUGCAUUUUUCUCUCUAUACUUUAUUCUUUUUCUCAAAAGUAUAUUGUUUGUCUAACGUUUCACGUUAACAGUUACCAACAACUGCGUUCUAGUUGCAUUCCAGUGCCAAAUGCCAUUUAUCUGAACGCCUUAAUAAUAAUACCAGUAUUGACAACGAUCCUUUAGAACGUAUUUAAAAAAAAAAAAAAAAUAAAAAAAAAAAAAAAAA